GUCGUUUCAGGUAACUGUUCACACAAGAGUUUACUAGUUUCUUGCAUGUGACACACUGUUUACUACGCUUGCUCUUCAAUGAUGACGAGGGGAUCAAUUCUGAAUCUUCUAAUACUAUUGAUUUUUUGUUCAAACGUUUCAAUGGCGAAGAGGGUAUUCAAAAGAGAACCAAGUCUAAAUAUACCGAAAGAGGAGCUGACCAAUCAUAUAGAGCUACGAAAAGUAAAAAACAAUUGGAUGCCCAAGGGAUUGGGAGAGGCUGAAGGUGGCGUACUACCUCGAUUCGAAGGCAGUCCUGACGACGCACUAAAGAUAUUUGAAAGGAAAGGAGACAAGUAUACGUUCGACAAACAACCGCUGGCUUCAGCUGAUCAGCUCAUGACGGACAGUUUCGGUUACAGAAAGGACAAGGAGUCCAUUUUCAUUCUACACACAAUCGGAACCGACGCCCAACACCUUAGCGUAAGAAACGUCGUAUCCGCACUGGCUAUGAGAAGGCUAAUAUGGAAUGAGUACAACUUGUUUCUAUUUAACAUGCCAAACGUAAUGGACUUCAUGCUGAAACACGUCGUAAGAUCAAUAUUUAUUCCUGCAGGUAAAACUAAGUUACAGGAAGUAGGUACAGUUUUAGGCAACUUUUUCAACUCAUUAAUUGUGAAGGAACUGAUAAAUGCCAAUCAGAUUCAUAUUGUGGGGUUCUGCUUUUCAUCCCAAAUUUCAGGAUACAUAGGACGAUACGUUUCUUCUUAUAAUGGUGGAGAAAGAAUAAAAUCUAUAACCGCUUUAGACCCAUUUACACUAGGGUUAUCCGGAGUGUUCAACAAACCCGUUUCCAAGGACGACGCUCAACUAGUGCACAUAUACCACACCAACUCAAUCGCGCUUGGAACACUUUACCGCAGGGGCACCGCUGAUUUCAUCUUCAACAACGGUUGGAUACAGCCCGGAUGUUACUUUUGUAAUUUUCAAAGUUCGGAUGCGUUUUUUAAAUUGAAGAACUUUCUACCAACGGCAAAGGAUGUACCUAAAGAAGAGAUGGAAUCGAAAAUUGAAUUACGCCUUGUAGACAAAGAGUGGGUGCCAUUCGGAGCCAAGACCAUCCAGAGUGACGAUGUGAUUCCCAAAUACCUUGGCAAACUUGAUGAGGCCUAUGCAUUAUUUACGUCUGAAAAAACAAACCCGAAGUACCAUAUUAGGCCAUUAGCGGAUGCCAAGGACCUGUUUAAAGAAGAAAAUGGCUUCAGAGGAAAGUUAGAGUCUAUAUUUAUUAUGCAUACGAUUUCUGGUGAUGCUGACAACUACUUUGUCAGAAACACAAUUACAGCAUUAGCUUUGAGAAAUUUCUUGAAGAAAUAUAACGUGUUUGCAUUCGACAUGCCAGAGUUGCAGGAUUCUAUGGAACAGACCAUCGCCAAAGCCAUGUACGGUCAAAGAACUAACUACAAAGACAUUAGUGAAACGAUUGGUAAAUUCUUCAACACAGCGAUCGCAGACAAUCUACUACAGCUUGACCAAAUACACUUUUUUGGAUUUUGCUACUCUAGCCAGCUUGCAGGCUAUAUAGGUCGCUAUUUAUCCUCGACAAACGGUGGCAACAAGAUAAAAUCCAUAACAGCUCUGGACCCACACUCGGCGUUUUUAUACGCUUUUAAAAACAAAGUGAUCUCUAAGGACGACGCCCAGCUGGUGUUUGCCUACCACAGUAACUCAAUUGGCGAGGGGUCUCUCUUUCGCAAGGCAACAGCUGAUUUCAAUCUCAACAGUGGAUGGAUCCAGCCAGGGUGUUACUUCAAACGCAGCGUUAUGUGCAGUCAUAGAAGAGCUGUGACCGCAUUCUGGUAUGUGAUUCUAUACCCUCAGUUGUGGAUAGCAAGGAGGUGCAGUCAUUAUUUCCUUUUCAAGUCCUGCCUCUGCAGUUUUAUGUCAAAGACUUCACUAACAUUUCCACCAGUCUCCGGUGCAAGAGGGACGUAUUACUUGAACACUAUGUCGCACAAACCUUACGGAUUCGGCCCUUCAGGUGCUAACUGUAUCUCCUUCAACAGGGAGAAGAAAUCAGAGGAUAUAAUAAACAAGAACUAACCAACUUCUAGCAUGUUUAUAAUUCGCCACCAAAAUAUUAAAACUGCUAUGUCAACUCAUCAAAAUAGCCAACGUCAAUCUUAAAGCUGAAGGUGUCAUUAAAAGUUCUUUGAGGCUAGCGGCCAUAUUUGAUUAAUUUCAAA